CAAUUUGUAGAAUCUUAAAAAAAAAUGGAGAUUAAUGAAAAAAUAGUCUAGAUUUGUGUUCAGGUAAAUGGUAAGAGUUUUGGGGAAAUCACAAGUAGAAGAAGAGAAGAAAGAUGAAGCUGAGGUUGUUGAUUAUUUCAAGGCCAAUUUCUUUCUCCAUCUUACUGGUAAUAACUCUAAUGCAGUUUCUCUUCUCCAAAAUAAAAUGACUUGUAAGAUAUAUAUAUAUAUAUAUUUUUUGUUGGACAAAAUGAAAUAACAGAAUCAACCUUGUCCAUUGGCAGGCAGUUCUUCUACUCAUACUUCCAAGCUUGUUGAUUCCAUGUUGGUAUGGUAUGAUCAAACAUAUUCAUUCUCAGGAUCUCCUUGUGAACAACUACAAUGCUACCUCUCAAAUGCCACUCGAGAUCCAGAAAAUAUCGAACUCAAUUCAACCAAUAUACGUGUCGACGACAAAUUUCGCUAAACUUCUCACCUCAUCUUUCAAUGGAACUCUAAUUUCAUUCUUUGAACUCCAAUCUAGGGUUAGCUACUAUCUCGUCUUUCCAAGUCUUUCAAGUCUAAUUAUAAAUCUUAAACGAGUCUAUGUAUUACCAUUAAAAGAGCCCUUAUUGGUCACUGCCUUAACUAUUUGGGUCAUGCUAAAGUUGGUAACUAUGCCUUGAAUCUCCACAGAUAACUUUGAGGUUGAAGUAACAUGCUAUUGAGACAACAUUAUUUUAAUUGGUACAAUAUGAUGAAUAGAUGACAAAAACAAAUAAAUAACUAGGUAAAUUGAAGUGACACAUUAACAUACCCUCUUUCGGAAUAGUUACCUCAAAUCUCUUUUUUUUAUAAACUGUCACUAUAUUCCAUCAGACUAUUUACUUAUUUAUGCCAUUUGUCUGUCACAUACCAAAUUAACCAAAGUUUAAGGAUGUAACUAUAACUAGUAUGAAGAUGGGAUGAAGAGUAGUAACUAGCAACUUCACUACCUACAACUAUUAAUGUUUCUAAUGUUUUUAAACUUUCAGAUUGCUCCUAUGUUAUUUCAAGGAUUCUCAAUCAUUCCAUACCUGACUCAAAUAUCCUAUAUCGGGAUGGAUGGUCUCUUCUUCUCAUACUACACUGACAAAAACCAAACUUUUGCAGUCUAUGCUAACUCUACCUUCACUGGCAAAUUCUAUCCUCAUCCACCAAGGGAAUACAGUUGGCUGACCCAAUUGGUAAACUCUACCACAGGAGAAUUAUAUGGGAAUAUGACUGAGACCUUCCCAUUGGUCACUAGCAACACGAGUUGGUUUCGAGACGCCUUAAAUAGUAACCAGGGAUGUGCAUCUACAGGGACAAGAUGGAGCUCAGAUCAUGAACGUUUGUUCCUCAACACGGUUAGAGUUAAUGGAAGUAACAGAGUCGUUUCCUUUGGAUUUUCGAUCAAAACAUUUAUUGAUCUCUUCUUCACGAGCAUUGAACGUCAAGGAGGGAGAUUGUACCUCGCAACAACUGAAGGAGAAAUUCUUGUCAUAGGCUCUCAAAACAUUAGGAUGGUCCUUGCCAAUGGUUCAGCAUCAUUUCAGUUUUUUAAUCCAAAUGGCAGUGAAAUUGCUCGAAUCGGGAACAUCUCGUGCCUGCCUAGGAAAAAAGAUUUUGAUCCAAAGGAUUCUUUCUUUAAUCUUCUGGGUACAAAAUAUAAGAUAUAUUGCUCUCCAAUUGAGAUAAUGGGUGUGCAGUUGGUAAGUCUGAUUCAUACUGUAACUAUAACAUAUAUCCUGAAAAUACUAAAAUAUGUUAAUUUCAUCAUUUUAUUGACUAUGUUAGGUCCAAAUGCAUACACAUUAUUUUUAAUCUCCGGCUUGUUCUUAUUUCAGGUCUAUUCAUUAGUAUUGCCUCAAAAAGAGUUGGCUAGCCUUGUCCAGAAGAGUAGCAGAAUGGGACUAAUUCUCCUUAUAUUAAUAAUGACUACCACAGUUAUCUCCAUUUCUGGUUUUGUGUUCAUAGUCAUUAGAGCAACAAAAAGAGAAAUGCAUUUAUGUGCCAAACUCAUUCAACAAAUGGAAGCAACUCAACAGGCAGAGAGGAAAAGUAUGAACAAGAGUGUUGCUUUUGCUAGAGCGAGCCAUGACAUUCACGCUUCUUUGGUAGGCAUUAUUGGUUUGGUUGAGAUAUGCCACAAUGAAGUUGCCCCAGGUUCAGAGUUAGACAUGAGGCUAAAACAGAUAGAUGGUUGUACAAAGGAUCUUCUAGGCAUACUGAACUCUAUUCUAGAUACAAGCAAGAUUGAAGCAGGGAAAAUACAGCUCGAGGAAGAAGAGUUUCAUUUGGGUCAACUUCUAGAAGAUGUGGUAGAUUUGUUUCAUCCAGUGGGUGUGAAGAAAGGAAUAGACAUAGUGUUAGAUCCUUAUGAUGGCUCAAUUAUCAAGUUUUCACAAGUAAAAGGUGAUAGAGGAAAGCUUAAACAAGUUUUGUGCAAUUUACUAAGCAAUGCUGUUAAAUUCACUUCUGAAGGGCAAGUUACUGUUCGAGCGUGGGUCAAGAAUUUACCUGCUAUGCAGAACAAUAUAAUUUCUUCUAAUCAUAAUGGUGAAAUGUUGAAGCAUUUAUCAUUCUUAAUAUGUAGCACACACACGUUUCAAGAACAACAAGCCCUGGAUAAUGGAAUUAAUUUGAAACCUGAUUGUAUGGAAUUUACAUUUGAGAUAGAUGACACAGGGAAAGGCAUUCCUAAAGAGAUGCGUAGAUUGGUUUUUGAGAACUAUGUCCAAGUCAAAGAAACAGCUUUGAGACAAGGAGGAGCUGGCUUGGGACUUGGCAUUGUUCAGUCUCUGGUACGCUUGAUGGGAGGAGAUAUAGCAAUUUUGGAUAAAGAGACUGAAGAAAAGGGAACAUGUUUUAGGUUCAAUGUUCUUCUUACUGUCUUAGAGAGCAACGUCAACUCUGGUGACAACACAUGUCAAUCAUCGCCUACCUCAAGACUGACUUUUUGGUCCCCUAGUACAAGUCUCCGUUCUCCUAGAGCAAUCCGAACCACCAGUUCCAAAGCUGAAACAUCUCGUGUCAUUCUCUUAAUUCAAAAUGAUCAACGAAGAAUGAUAUGCAAGAAAUUCCUGGAAAGUCUUGGCAUAAAAGUAUUGGCAAUGAAAGAAUGGGAGCAACUCCUUGUCACUCUACAAAAAACAUUGGAGAAACAGAGUCAGUCUAUGCAUAACUUAAGAGGAAGGUCAGGUAAUAGUUCACCAAGUGACUGCCUAAGCAAAUCAACGUCCGGUGACUCCAGCAAUGGGUUGAACAUGCAUGUUUCUAUGGGUGCAAUGAAAGACGAGAAAAAUUACCUUCUUUCUGUAUUCAAAAAGACUAAUCUCAGAGGUGGAAAUAGCUUCAUCUUGAUUGUAAUUGAUGCCAGUGCAGGACCAUUCAAGGACAUAUGUGAUAUGGUAGCUAAUUUUCGAAGGGGACUUCAAGGUGCCUAUUGCAAGGUUGUUUGGCUACUGGAGAAUCAAAUGUCACGCAUUAUCAACGACAAGGGGCUAGAAUCAAACAUUUUCAAGUCGAAUGAUGUUUUUAUAUCUAGACCUUUUCAUGGUUCUCGUUUAUAUGAAGUGAUAAGACUGCUUCCAGAGUUUGGAGGCACAUUAGAAACCGGAGAAAGUAGUAGAUUAUAUUGGAGUGGGAGUGUUUCUAAAGAUCCAAAUUCAUCACCGUACCAAUAUCAUAGUAAGGCCAAGGAGGAGAAUUCACCAAUUCUUAGAGGCCAAAUCAGAACGAGAGUACAAAAAGAAACAACAUCAAGUAGUGGGACCUCCCCAAAGAAUUUGUCCAUGAAUCAAAUUCAUUCUUGUUUAGGAUCAAAGUCUAGAAGUUCACCCAUUGUUGGGCAAAAAAGUCUACACCAAGAAAUUAGAGAAGAGAAAUAUAGAAACUUGGGUGUUGAAAAACCUCUAAGUGGCAAAAAAUUCUUGGUUGCUGAGGACAAUUUAGUGUUGCAAAAACUAGCUAGAUUGAACCUUGAAAGACUUGGUGCAGCUAUUGAGACAUGUGAAAAUGGAAAAGAAGCUUUAGAGCUUGUUUGCAAUGGCUUAGGCAAUCAGUGGAAACAUGGUGCUUCAAAUACUCUCCCUUACGAUUACAUACUUAUGGACUGUGAGAUGCCAAUAAUGGAUGGAUAUGAAGCAACAAGACAGAUAAGGAAGGUAGAAAGAUAUUACAACACCCACAUUCCAAUCAUUGCACUAACAGCCCAUAUAACAGAAGAAGAAGCAGGAAAGACAAUUGAAGCUGGAAUGGAUGUGCAUUUAGGCAAGCCACUCAGAAAAGAGAAACUACUAGAAGCCCUUACAUGUAUCCAUAGCAAAUAGUGUUUUACUUACUUUAUGCAGAUUAAAACAAAAUUUCAGUGAUUCAUACGAUACAAUAUAUCUAUUUAGCUACUGAAUGCAUUGUCUAUACUGUUUCAUGUGUUCGGAUAUGUUAGAGAGAAAAUCUAUGACUCUGUAAUCUCAAGGCUUUGAUACCCAAAACAGGCAAAUCCUUCUUUCUGUUCGAUAUGAUAUCAUCCAAACAAAUUAGAUAUGUAAUACGAAGGAAACCCAAUGUGGCAGAAGAAAUUCACAACACACAAUUACAAACACAAAAUUGAAUGUCUAUCAAUAUGAAGAUAUUACUUAAAACCCUUUUAAAUCUGUUUAUAUCCUCCCUGAUUUAUACAUUGUCUUUGAUAUUUUAGUUCUUUGGG